GAUGGAACAAUACGUCUACAUUUUCAUAUGUCGCUAGCGUGGUUACCCUGUGACGUACUAAACGUCACGUCCUGUCGCGCCAGACACGCAGCCGGUUCAGGCCAGUUCACGACGCGCAAAAGUGUGGAGUCUCGCGGAGCCGAGCGAUCCGAGCUGUCAACACAGCACCGCCACUGCACUGGCACUGUGUCCGCAACAUAUUUUGCGCUGUUACAGUCGCGUCUCGUAUUUAACGACGUUUCCCACCAGAUAACAUCUGCUCUUAUCUCAGCAUGACUCGAAGGUGAUCUUCAGCGUGUCCAGGUGGUUCUGGGGUUCCAGGUUGGUGUGUUAAGAGCAAGCUAACAGCAAGAGACCACCUGGGGAAGUCCGUCCUAGGCUCUCAAGUGACUAAGGAGGGAGCUUUGCAUCAUGGAGAAGGAAGAACUAAAGGUCCUCAACAAGGGGGAAGAAGAAGAGAUGGAGUUGCAAGGCUACCGUUUGUGCCGCUUGCGACUGGCACUGGUGGGUCUUGGGGUGCUGUGUACAGGGGGCUUCCUACUCCUGCUGCUCUACUGGAAACCAGAGUGGUGCGUCAAGGCCACCUGCGUCCCUACCAUGGCCUGUGAUGCCGAAGUGGUGUUGCUGCAAUCAACGGAUGAGUUCCGGCGCUGGUUCCUGGCUAAGGUUCAAGUGAUUCUAGCCCCAGGAAGCAACCCCUUCCACAACCUGGAGACCCAAACCACCUCCCCUUCUUCCCCGACCUUCCCUUCUUGUCCCUUCUCCUCUUCCGUCCCAUCUAUGGCCAAUGGCGACACACUCCCGUCUUCCGAUGGGAUCACAGCUCGGGAGCUCAUCAGAAGAUAUGUCGACUACCAGCCUACAAGGAUUCGUUAUUUUACCCUCCACAGCACAAAAUAUUAUUGGAAUGACAGAGUGCAGAACUUUGAAGUUUUAACUGGCCUGGAUGAUCUCCAUGUUACCCCUUCCGCUCUCCACUCAGAGCACAGCAAAGGCCUAACCAGGAACCAGCAAGAAUACAGGAGACAGUUUUUUGGAUUGAAUACAAUUGAAGUGAAAGUGCCUUCUGUUUUCAAGCUGCUUAUCAAAGAGGUCCUAAAUCCAUUCUAUAUCUUCCAGCUCUUCAGUGUGAUAUUAUGGAGUGCCGAUGAAUAUUACUAUUAUGCUGUUGCCAUUCUUAUCAUGUCAUUUAUAUCCAUAGCUACCUCUCUAUAUACCAUAAAAAAGCAAUAUGUCAUGCUACAUGAUAUGGUGGCAGCUCACAGUAUUGUCCGUGUAUCUGUAUGCAGAGCCAACAAUGAUAUUGAAGAGGUUAUGUCUACUGAUUUGGUGCCUGGGGAUAUGAUAGUCAUCCCCACCAAUGGGACCAUUAUGCCAUGUGAUGCCGUGCUGGUCAGUGGCACCUGCAUUGUCAAUGAAAGCAUGCUGACAGGUGAAAGUGUUCCAGUGACAAAGACCAACCUUCAAAACCCGUUGCCAGGGGAGAGUGGCGAUGAGGUUAUGAGUCCCUAUAGCAUAGAGGAGCAUAAAAGACACACACUCUUCUGUGGCACUAAUGUCAUCCAGACGCGUUUUUACACUGGUGAACUGGUCAAAGCUGUAGUAGUCCGCACAGGCUUCAGCACAGCCAAAGGCCAGUUGGUACGCUCCAUCCUUUACCCCAAGCCCACAGACUUCAAGCUGUACCGUGAUGCCUACCUUUUUCUGUUGUGUCUGGUGGGUGUGGCUGGGAUUGGCUUUGUCUACUCCAUCGUCCUUAGCAUCAUUAACAAGGUUUCAGCCAAGACCAUCAUCAUCGAAUCCCUGGACAUCAUUACCAUCACGGUUCCCCCAGCGCUGCCCGCAGCCAUGACGGCUGGUAUUGUGUAUGCCCAACGACGGCUUAAAAAUAUUGGCAUAUUUUGCAUCAGCCCACAGAGGAUAAAUAUUUGUGGGCAAAUUAAUCUGGUCUGCUUUGACAAGACAGGAACUCUUACCGAAGAUGGUUUAGACCUAUGGGGAGUCCAAAGAGUAGAGAAUGGCAGUUUCCAGCAAUCCGAUGAAAAAGUCUCCACGGAAAAUCAAGUAAAGUCACAGUUUGUUGCUUGCAUGGCCACCUGCCAUUCUCUUACCAAAAUAGAGGGCAAGUUGUCUGGAGACCCACUUGACCUCAAAAUGUUUGAAGCUACUGGCUGGAUCCUGGAGGAAGCCACUGAGGAAGAAACGGCUCUCCACAAUCGUAUCAUGCCAACUGUGGUUAGACCCUCAAAGCAGCUGUUGCCCCCACAGCCCAUGUCACCAGAGCAGGACAUGGAACUUUAUGACCUGCCUGUACAGUAUGAGAUAGGUAUUGUCCGCCAGUUUCCGUUUUCCUCUGCACUCCAGAGGAUGACUGUGGUGGCUCGUCUGUUAGGGGAGAAACGUAUGGAUGCCUACAUGAAGGGAGCACCAGAAGUGGUGGCUCGCAAAUGCAAGAUGGAGACAGUGCCAGAUAAUUUUGCAGAGGUCUUGGAGUGCUACACCAAGCAAGGUUUCCGAGUAAUAGCUAUGGCUUACCGACGUCUUGAAUCCAAGCUCACGUGGCACAAGGUCCAGAACGUAAACAGAGAUCACAUCGAGACAAACAUGGAGUUCCUGGGUUUGAUAAUCAUGCAGAAUAAGUUGAAAACAGAAACUCCGGCAGUGCUGCAGGAUCUCCACAGAGCCAACAUCCGUACUGUCAUGGUUACGGGCGAUAACAUGCUGACAGCCAUUUCUGUGGCUCGGGACUGUGGAAUGAUCCUUCCACAGGACACAGUCAUAAUUUCAGAUGCUAUUCCCCCACAUGAUGGACAGGCUGCUAGAAUCACCUGGAGGUGUGCUGACAAGUCAAGUAUGGCAGCACAUCUGAAGGAAGUGAACAUCAGCCUGGAGGAUGUCUGUCAUAUAGAUGAACCCAAAGAGCAAGAGCGGUACCAUUUUGCCAUGAAUGGAAAGUCAUUUGCGGUCAUCUCGGAGCAUUUCCCAGACAUGCUUUCAAAGUUGGUGCUACAUGGGACAGUGUUUGCCAGAAUGGCCCCGGAUCAGAAAACCCAACUCAUUGAGGCACUACAGGACGUUGACUACUUUGUGGGGAUGUGUGGAGAUGGAGCAAACGACUGCGGGGCUUUAAAGAGGGCUCAUAGUGGCAUCUCUUUGUCAGAGCUUGAGGCUUCUGUAGCCUCUCCAUUCACUUCCACAACACCUAAUAUCUCUUGCGUCCCAAGCCUCAUUAGGGAGGGCCGUGCUGCUCUCAUCACCUCCUUUUGUGUAUUCAAGUUCAUGGCCCUUUACAGCAUCAUCCAGUACAUUAGUGUCACUCUCCUCUACUCCAUUCUCAGUAACCUAGGAGAUUUCCAGUUCCUCUUCAUUGAUAUUGCCAUCAUCCUUGUCAUUGUUUUCACAAUGAGUCUGAAUCCGGCAUGGAAAGAACUUGUUGCACAUCCUCCUCCAUCAGGCCUGAUCUCAGGGCCUCUGCUCUUCUCUGUGCUGAGCCAGAUCCUCAUCUGCUUUGGCUUCCAGACUCUUGCAUUUAUUUGGGUUCAACACCAGCCAUGGUACACCAUCUGGACACCGCUUUCAGAUGCCUGCAACGUGUCGUCACACACAAAUAUGUCCAACCUCAACCGCAGUGAAGUGGAUGACCACAACAUUCAAAACUAUGAGAACACCAGCCUUUUCUAUGUGUCUUGCUUCCAGUACCUUAUUGUUGCCAUUGUCUUCUCAAAGGGCAAACCCUUUAGGCAACCAAGCUACAAGAAUUGGCUUUUUGUUGUGACUGCUUUGAUUUUGUACUUUUUCCUUUUCGUCAACAUGUUCUACCCUGCUGGAGCCAUAGAUGAAUUUCUGGAGAUUGUUUGUGUUCCACUUGAUUGGAGACUAAAACUCCUGCUUAUUAUCGUGGUCAAUGCUGCUGUGUCUGUUGUGGUAGAGACCUUCUUCAUUGACAUCGUCUUAUGGAAGGUUGUGUUCAGCAGAGACAAACAGGGCAUCGCUCCUGCUGCCUCACCACCACAGAAAGGCACUGAGCUGUUGGCAGACAAGUGUAUGUACUGCCCAAACAAGGUGACCCGCAAGGCUCGCUACAUGCAUCUGGCCCAGGAGCUCCGCGUGGACCCAGACUGGCCCCCAAAACCAACCACUACUACUGAAGCCAAGGCCUGCCCUGAAAAUGGCUCCUCUUAUCAAAUCAUGACCAUUUCCUAGCAUCCCAAAGCCUCUUCCAUUAACCUAACACUUUACAGAUAGGGACUAUCAAAGUGAUGAUUAUGUUUAUAAUAUUUAACUUAUUGAAGUGCUCACUUGAGCUCCGCUGGUCGUGAUGGUUGUAUAAUAAUGUCGUUCAAAAAAUUUGCAUUUGAAUGAAAAGUGUCUGGUUCAGCCAUUUGUGGGCCCAGAUCUUCAGUCAGUGAAAUUAAUUUAAAAUAUUUCCAUGAUAUUGGAAGUGGAGGUUAGUGGAGAGCUUACGAGCAAUGUCCAAUUAGUAUGUUGACAUUAAUAUACAGUCAUGGUAAAAAUUAUUAGAUAUUUUGUUUUAAAUUUCUUGUUCAUUUCAAUGCCUUGUACCACUAAAGGUAUACAGUGCCGUGAGAAAGUAUUGGCACACUUCUCAAAUUUUUGCAUUGUUUGUUUUUGGCACUUUGUUUAAGGUCAUCAAAAAUGUUUUAAUAUCAGACAAAUAUAACCCAAGUGAACUUAAAAUGCUGUUUUUAAUUGAUUUAAUUUAUUUAGGGGGAAAAAAAGUUAACUGUGUGUGCAAAAGUAAUUACCCCCCUUAUUAAAUCAUGAAUUAAUUGUGGCUAAACACAAUUUUUUGUUUAAUUUUCACUGUUCACACUCAAGCCUGAUUACUUCCAGACCUAUUCAAUCAAGAAAUCACAAACAGAAUCUGUCCCGACAAAAUCAAGUCGGACAAAGGGUCUAAAAAAAUCUGCAACAAAAUGAGAUGAUGCAAAGAAAUUUCAGAACAGUCGAGAAAUAAAGUAAUUGACAUCUAUCAGUCUGGAAAGAGUUACAAAAGCCAUUUCUAAAGCUAUAGGAUUCCAUACCAUAGGGAGAACCAUUAAACUCACAUGGCGAAAACAUGGAACAGUGAAGAACCUUCCCAGGAACGGCCCGCCUACAAAGAUUAUACCCUAAGAACACAGUAAAGACUCAGCCGAAGGCCACAAAGGAAUUCAGAAAAACUUGUCAUGACUUGCAGGCCUCCAUUGCCUUAGUUGAGGUCAGUGUUUAUGAUAACACAAUAAGGAAGAGUGGGUGAAAAUGGAAUCCAUGGCAGAGUUCCAAAGCAAAAAACAUUGCUGACCAAAAAGAACAUAAAGGUUCAUCUUACUUUUGCAAAAAAACAAACAAAAUAAAAAACAUCUGAAUGAUUCCCAAGACUUGUGGGAGAAUAUUAUAUGCACUGACGAGAUGAAAGUUGAGCUUUUUGGAAGGUGUGUGUCUCGUUAUGUAGCACAUCAUUUAAAAAAAAGAACAUCAUACCAGCAGUCAAACAUGGCCGUGGUAGUGUGAUGGUCUGGGGCUGAUUUCUCCUUCAGGACCUGGACAACUUGCUGUGAUUGAUGGAACCAUGAAUUCUGCUCGCACAGAAAAUCCUGAAGGAGAAUGCUCAGCCAUCAGCUUGUGACCUCAAGCUGAAGCGCACUUGGGUUCUGCAGCAGGACAACGAUCCAAAACACACCAACAAGUCAACUUCUGAUUGGCUUUAAAAAAACAAAAUGAAGGUUUUGAAGGGGCCUAGUCAAAGUCCAGACUUGAAUCUGAUUGAAAUGGAGUGGCAUGACCUUAAAAAGGCUGUUCUUGCUUGAAAACCCUCCAUUUUUGCUGAAUUUGAACAAUUCUGCAAGGAAGAGUGGGCCAAAAUAUCCCCACAGAGAUGUGAUAGACUCAUUACCAAUUAGAGAAAAUGCUUGAUUUCUCUUGUUGCUGCUGAGGAUGGGCCAGUUAGGUUUCGGGGGCCAUUAUUUUUUUACACAGUGCCAGGAACUUUGAAUAGGUUUUUAUUCCUUAAUAAAUGAAAUCACCAUUUAAAAACAGCAUUUGGUUUAUGUUUGUCUGAUUUUCACAUUUGUUUGAUCUUAAAAAUUAAAAGUGGGGUAACUAUGCAAAAAUGGAAGAUUUUCUUUUCACUGCACCAAAUUACCUGAAUACAAUAAACACAACAACAAUGCAGCUGAUUUCAUAAUAUUGUAUGUCCUAUUUGGCAUUAAUUGUAUUCCCAAUGAUUUUGGUAAUCAAGAAAGCUAUAGGAAAUGGCUAGAUAUCAGCUAGAAAUCAAACUCUUUAUGAGCUAUUUUUGUUAUUAUAUUUGUCUAAACAAAGUUGGCACCGCAGGAGUUUUGAUUGUAUUGUCUUGUUUAUAUUUGUCCCAAAAUUGUUCUCACCAUUCUGGCAUUGAGCAAAUAGAAAUAAUAUUGAUAAUUGUAAUUGGCCGCAAACAGGAAAAGUUUAGUCUGAUUUCAUGUCAGGCAGUCAAGAAAAAAAGCAUAAUGUCUUUUUAUAGUCAUGCUAAAAAAUAUUGGCACUGAUUGGUACUGACAGUACCUUUGGUUCUACCAGGCAUUAAAACCGAAGAAGAAACUGAACAAAGUUGAUCUCCUGGUAAUAUUUUUAUUCCAUGACUUUACAUGUAUUGGAAACCUCAUAGACGCAAGUCAAACAAUAUACAGUGGACAUGGAAAGUAUUCAGACCCCUUAAAUUUUUCACUCUUUAUGUUGCAGUCAUUUGCUAAAAUCACUUAAUUUUUUUCCUCAUUAAUGUACACACAGCACCCGAUAUUGACAGAAAAAAACGGAAUUGUUGAAAUAUCACACAGCCAUAAGUAUUCAGACCCUUUGCUGUGACACUCAGAUAUUUAACUCAAGUGCUGUCCAUUUCUUCUGAUCAUCCUUGAGAUGGUUCUACACCUUUACUGGAGUCCAGCUAUGUUUGAUUAUAUUGAUUAGACUUGAUUAGGCAAGCCACACAUUUGUCUAUAUAAGACCUUACAGCUCACAGUGCAUGUCAGAGCAAAUGAGAAUCAUGAGGUCAAAGGAACUGGCUGAAGAGCUCAGAGACAGAAUUGUGGCAAGGCACAGAUCUGGCCAAGGUUACAAAAAAGGUUUCUGCUUCACUUAAGGUUCCUAAGAGCACAAUGGCCUCCAUAAUCCUGAAAUGGAAGAGGUUUGGGACGACCAGAAUCCUUCCGAGAGCUGGCCGUCCGGCCAAACUGAGCAAUUAGGUGAGAAGAGCCUUGAUGAGAGAGGAAAAGAACAAAGAUCACUGUGGCUGAGCUCCAGAGAUGCAGUCGGGGCUUUAUGGCAGAGUGGCCCGACAGAAGCGUCUCCUCAGUACAUAGAUAAAAGCCCUCACGGAGUUGGCUAAAAAAAAACUCAUGUGGCUGUAUUAGCUCAAAAGGGUGCUUCUACUAAAUACUGAGCAAAGGGUCUGAAUACUUAGGGCUGUGUGAUAUUUCAGUUUUUCUUCUUUAAUAAAUCUGCAGAGAUUUCAACAAUCCUUUUUUUUCUGUCAAUAUGGGGUGCUCUGUGUACAUUGUGGGGAGAAGAAAAAAGAAAAAUUAUUUUAGCAAAUGGCUGCCAUAUAAUAAAGAGUGAAAAAUUUAAGGGGUUCUGAAUACUUUCCGGCGGCCGACUGGUUAGCACAUCUGCCUCACAGUUCUAAGGACUGGGGUUAUGAUUUCCCUAUGAGCUGUGUGUACAUUAAUGUGGAAAAAAAUUAACUUAAAUGAUUUUAGCAAAUGGCUGCAAUAUAACAAAGUGAAAAAUUUAAGAGGGUCUGAAUACUUCCCGUACCCACUGUAUUUGUAUUUUUCAUGAUUACUGGCAACUGCUGUAUAACGAGUCAGACUACGAAAGUGCUCAAUGCCAUACUGGAGUCUUGGAUAGAUUUUUCAUGACAAAAAGCAAUUAGUGGUAGGCUACAGGAUUGCCAUUUUGUCUUUCUAAACCACUUCCUACUCUGUCUGAAACUAACUUUAGAAACAAAUGUAUUGAGUAUUAGGUUUUUACUUUAUCUUACUUUUUGGGGCAUUUUAUUUAUCAAGUGGGUUGGAUGCCUGGCUGAACAUAUCGUGCUGCAAGUCCUGCUUGUAGUGGUCAUUCACAACCAUGUGCAGUUGAUGCUAAAUUUAAAAAGCUCAACAAUUAGCCAGGCAUGAAGUCAUAAACGGCAGUAGUUUUCCCGGUCCCACAGUGCUGAUUUAAUUAAUUUUAAAGGUGAAGUUUGCAGAUUAAAAAAAACCAAUUACCGUAUUUUCACGACCAUAAGGCGCAGCGUAUUAAAAGGCGCAGUCUAAGUUACGGGGUCUAUUUCUGUAUUUAACACAUACAUAAGGCACACUGUAUUAUUGGGCGCAGGCAUGGUAAAACAUACGCUAGCAUGCAUGCACGCUAGAACAAUGUUUUUAAAAAGGCAGCGGCAGCAAAACUUGAGUUCAGUUGUACUUUAUUGAAGUAUUUAACAAUGUACUCAAGUUAUUUUUUGAUCAAUCCUCAUCCACAAAUCCAUCAAAGUCCUCAUGUUCUGUAUCCGAAAUGAACAGCUGGGCAAGUUCUCCAUCAAACACGCCAGGUUCCCUCUCGUCAUUGUCUGAGUCAGUCUCGUUCCCGUGCGGCUCCUCAGAAAUGACGCCGGCUUUUACGAAAGCUCGAACAACAGUACAAGCAGACACGUUAGCCCAAGCAUCCACAAUCCAUUCAAAAAUAGUGGCGUAACUCGCCCGGCGCUGCCUCCUAGCCUUAGUAAAGCUGUAUUCGCCAUCUGUCAUCCAUCACUCCCACGCCGCUCGCAACUUCACUUUGAACGCCCUGUUUACACGGAUGUCCAGCGGUUUGUCAAGCGUCCCGGAAUGAUGGCAAGCUCCGAGUUAUUGCACUCAGUCGAAUGGUGACUGUAGAGGCGCUUCUCCCGGCUGUUCUUUGAUCAUUAAUCCAUUGCUCGAGUUGGUUUUCCAACUCGGGCACCUUGCCUUGUUUCAGCGUUUUGUUUUUCGUUUUUGUCCCGCGGAAAGUCAGCUUUGUCUUCUUAACUUGGCGAAGCGCGUUUUCCUGCUUCCUCCACUUGCAAACCGUGGAUUCGUUGAUCUUGAAUUCUCUCGCGGCUGCGGAUGCUCGAUUCCCAUGUUCCUUCGUGUAACUAAUAGUUUGCAGUUUAAACUGCUUCGAAAGCAUGUCUCUUCGUUAGGUGCCAUUUUCGGGGGUCCUUAGCCAAACCGAUGCACAUACUGGAACUAUAUACCUACUGGGUGCGUGUCUUUAGCCUCCUCUGUCACGCGUACCCUUCCCCCUUUACGUCCGCAUGCUGUCCUCAGUCACGUCCGCCUUCCUCUAUAUAAGCAGCGUGUCGGCAGGAAAUGCUCCCAGUCAGUCAAGCGGAGCGCUCGUUAAAGUCACACAACAACAUUUACAGAUUUUUGUGCACACACAAGGCGCACCGCACUAUAAGGCACCCCGUCCAUUUUGGAGAAAAUUUAAGACUUUUAAGUGGUCGUGAAAAUACGGUACUUUAAAAUUAUAUGUCCUGACAAUAGAAUAUUAUUAAAUUUAUCUUUUGAACAAAAUUGUCAUUCUCUAACCUAAUCGUAUGCCUCUAAUUUUAUUGUUUUUAUUAUUUAAAACUUGUCACUGCUCGACAAGAAUAGCCAAUCAGAGACUGUAAGAGAGGGAAGGUGUGACUGAGUGGUGUUGUCAAUCAUUGCCGUGCAAACGUCGGAGCCUGGCAGGGUCGUGUCGCUGGAUCGCGCGGUCUUGUUUUCGUAGGUGGAUUACUUCCGAUUAGCAACAAAAGUUAUAAAGAUGUUAUUGGCCACCUCCCGCCCUAGACAAAACAAUGUUAACAAUAAAAAAGGGCUUUGAACACACGCUGCUAGAGGAAGAGCGGCCAGUGGCCUCUCUUUAAGGCACAACUGUCAAACUCACCACCAUGAUUUGCUUUUGUGGCCCACAAAAGCAAAUCAUGUGUGUAAACUUAUAUGAUUAUUGUUCCAAAUCAGUGCCAAAAUCUCAAAAUGUCAUGUAAUAAAUCAUUGCUAAGAUAUUGCAAUAUAUAUUGACAAAGCGGAUACAAUACUGGGUCAAAAAGAAGUAGCUGUCAGGGUUUCUUUUCUGGAAACUCAUGAUUAAUCCAAGAUGUUUUUUUUAAAUGAAAUUGACUUUUAUACUAAGUUCAUCUGAGAAAGUCACUCUAUGGAGGUCUAAAUAGACACAAUACGGAACCUUGAAGGCAUCAGGAGCGGUAGAAUCAUGUUCUCGCUUCGCACUUUAGGACCGACGCGGAAUUUUAAUUGAUUGUACAUUCCCAAAAAUUCAGCAAACCAGUAACGUUGUUUUGAAACACUAAUGGUAGCAAUGUAACAGUCGUAAUGAGUUAUUUACAAACGGACAUGUUCACGUUAUUGAAAGGCGUGGCUUUGGUUAGAGAUACGGGGGGCGCGGCGCUAAAUGGAGACUACAUUCAAAUCUUGGCACCAGUUUGAAAACUGCAUGACUCACCUUUUAACAUUAUAUGUAUCCAAGUAGGCAACUCAAUCAAAUGCACUGGGUAAGAAGAGACUGGAACACCUGAACUUCUGCUGUCAACUUUGUAUCUACAAAUACUCUAAUCUAUUUGGAAUAUUUUAUGACAGAACCCCGUUCAGAAAAACAUAGAACAGAUAUUUUUGACUUGUUCUUGUUAAACAUACCGUGUGUCCACAGUCACGAUACUUACUUUUCUAUUUCUUUUCUGGUAUCAUUUGGAGAAACCUGAGGCUAUCAGCAUUUGACAUCGAGUUUCCAAUUUUAGAAAGAGUACUACUGUAUAUCAGUCCUUUGCUCUUGGCACACCAAUUAACUUAGAGAGCAACAUAGUUGUCAUCUCUAAUUUAGAGAGCAACAUAGUUGUCAUCUCAGUGGAAAAAUAAUUUGGUCAUUUAGAGACGGGUCAGGCAAAGACACAGAGUGCAUAUUUGCAGGAUGUUGCAUUGCCGUCGAGCUAUUACCACAGACAAGGUAAAAACUGUGGAAAUGUGCUUUGGUAUGUGAAUCAUCCAGUUAACCACAUGCAUGAGAAUGUCACUCUGAAGCAUCAAAAAUACGAACUCCGAGAGCCACUGCUACUUUUCUGUAUUUCUUUUAUUAUUAUUUUUUUUAAACACAAAAUAAAACAUGUCUCCUCAUCUUAGCUAUAAAUCUCUUCCCAUGGAAGAAGAAUAGAAGGUGCAAUGGUUAAUGCAUUCGGCAUCUCAUCAGCUUGCUGCUUUGCCUUGUUGGAAGCAACACUGAAACAGUUUAAAUCCACACAGAUGCUUUAAAUUAAGUGCUGUCUGAUAUGGUCAAUGCACUUUUUUUUAAUGUGGUAGAAUCAGACGGUUCUGUAUGCAAAAUGGUAGCAAGAGAACAAUUUGCACAGCAACCAUUUCAGGCCGCUAAAUAUUUGCCUAGUACUAAGAUAGUAUAUACUUUUCGGGCUCAAACGUUCUUCCAGAACAAAGAUGCAAACCUGCUGCAAUGUUUGCAAGGUUCAUUCUGACGUUCACAAAAGUCUGUAUUGCUACUCAUUUUGUGACUGACCCAAUAAAUUUUCAUGGUCUGUCCCAAAAAGUCAAUGUAUAACGUAACAUCAUUUUAGUUAUUUUGUUUCUACCAUGAAUCACAUGUAUUUUAUUUACUCAAUAAUUUUGUCCAAUAAAAUCAGCAUCACAAAGCCUUGUGGUGGCAUUAAAAUUGCCGCUCUUUAAAGAUAUUUUUAAUGUAUCGCUAUGAGAUACUUUUUUGAAGAUCAAGUGUAUUAAACCUGUGACCUAUUCCGUUUUAAUAGUGAGCAGAUUACUGUGUGUGUUGUCACAAUGUUUGGGAUUAUUUUUGCCUGCUUUCAGAAUGAUUAAAAAAACAGGCCAUGUUGCUUUGUGCACCUGAUGUGCCCAAGCGUUUUUAAUAUUUGCUUAAUGGACAGACCACCUGAAGCACAAAUGUAUUGUUAUGAAGACAGCAUACAUGCUACCGAUGCAAUACUGUUCAAACCCCCCCUCCCCCAACAGACAAUUUUGUUUUAAUUUGAGACAUGGAAUUAGCUGUAUACACACAGUGCAGUAACUCCACUUGAACAAAAGUUUAAUAUAAUAUAAAAAUCUGAAUAUGUAGGGUUUUUUUUUUAGAUGUACAUUUUCUGUGUGGAUAAAAAUCUGAAGAUAUUGAAAUAUUUUGACUUAAGGGCUGGUGUUGUGGUACUUCUUUUAAAAAAAAAAAAAAAAAAAAAUCAAGUCUGAUUAAUUUAUACGUAUUUAUUUGUAUGUUCACUUUCAUAUCAAGUUGGAUUCAUUUGCAUUAUCUUGGGAAUUAAUCAUGGGCAUUUUCUUUCGGUUAGUUUGCUGCUGUUGCUUGGAUAAAUAUUUACAGUAUGUCUUGGGUCUGUGAGGUACACAAAGCAAAUUUCUGCUGUAGAAGUGUAGGAAAGUGGGAAACUGAUAAACUCGAACCUUCAUGAAUUGACUCAUUGCCACCGCUUUGUAACAAUUUUUUCAUUGACUGUGCACCAGAAUGAACAUAUUAAUUCUUAUACUGAAUGUCAUUCUAAACUUUCUGUGUGUAAAUAUUAACAUUUCUUCUUAGCUACAAACUUGCCUUUUAUUGUAAUAGCUAUAUCAAGUCCAUGGAUUUAUGUUGAAAUGUUGCUUUCAUGCAGGUACAAUAAAAUUUUGACAGGUAGGAUCAGUUUCCUAUUCUCAUGUUUCGUUGGCAUUUGAGUCAGCCACUGAGUGUAUAAAGGCUCAGAUGGAUGUUUCCUCAGGGCUAUAUGUAUAAUGAACAGAGAACAUGAUCAAGUUGAGAUUGAAAUGCAAAAAGGCAUCUUUAUUAUUACUCACCUGCUGUCAGUAAAGAUAAUUGAAUUUGUUUGAUAGUUUCUGCACAUCAGCAAUCAGCUCACAUUUAAUUUUUUUGUCAACAGAGAUGUGCAUGGUGUUGAAAUGUUUCUACUUAAUUUAUUGUAUAUUUAUGUUCCC